AUGGACCAUCGCACGCCGACACAGGCGUCCUUCGUCACGCCGCGCCCGGGCAUGACCCCCGCCCCGGGCGACGCGUCGGUGGGCGUGAGCGGCCUCGCGUUCACGCUGGGGGCGUUCGGGGCCAUGGGCGUGUGGCUCGCCGCUCUGGUGCGGCCGAGCGCCGCGUUCCUCGCGCUGCUCCCGGCGCUGUGCCUGGCCUCCGUGCUGCUCGUCGCGGCCUCGUUCGUCGCGGUCCUGUUCGUCGAGCCGAAGCUGCUGGCCUUCCUGUGCAACGCCGUCGCGGCCCGGGCACCGUCGGCGCUGAGGAGCAGCCUCGAGCAGUUUUGCCGGCACCUGGAGACCGGGCCGGACGGAGCGCGCGGCGCGGCGAUCGGGCGGGCCGCGAGCGUCACGCCCGUCACGCCCGCGCCGCCGGGCGUCGCGGAGGAGCGCGUGCGCGAGAUCGUGCGGCGCGUCCUCAGCGAGGAGCGGCCCUCGCCGCCGCCCGCGCAGCCCACGCCGAGCUCCGUCGGCAGGAGCCCGAGGAGCGUCCGGCAGGUGCUGGCGCAGGCCGGGGCGGACCCUGCGUGGCUGAAGGACUGGCUGGGCGCGGAACUGACCCGGGCGCAGGAGAGCAUCCAUACGGCGAUCAACGGCCGUCUCACGGGGCAGGACGCCCACCUUGCCGAAGCGCUCUUUAACCUCGAGGAUCUCGCGGGCGAGAUCCGCAACGCCAACAACGACGCAGCUCGCAUGACCAGGGAGACCAAGCAGGCCGUGCGCGACGAAAUCCACAACAACAGGGCGCAGCUCAGCGACAUGGGGGACCAACUGGCGGCGGCGCGAGACGCCAUCAAGGCGCUCGAGGAGGCCCUGCGCGCGGAGCUCAAGGAGAGCAUCGAGGGCGCGAAGAAGGAGGCGGCGGACGCCACCGAGGCGCUCGGCGACGCGCUGCGUGGGGAGGCGAAGACGCAGAGGGCGGAGGUGGACGCCGCGAUCGCCGACGCGAAGAAGGAGGCGGCGGACGCGACCGAGGCGCUCGGGAAGGCCCUGCGUGAGGAGGCGAAGACGCAGAAGGAGAGCGUCGACGCCGCGAUCGAGGGCGCGAAGAAGGAGGCGGCGGACGCGACCGAGGCGCUCGGGAAGGCCCUGCGUGAGGAGGCGAAGACGCAGAAGGAGAACGUCGACGCCGCCAUCGAGGGCGCGAGGAAGGAGGCGGCGGACGCGACCGAGGCGCUCGGCGACGCGCUGCGUGAGGAGGCGAAGACGCAGAAGGAGAGCGUCGACGCCGCGAUCGAGGGCGCGAAGAAGGAGGCGGCGGACGCCAUGAAGGAGCAGAAGGAGAGCGUCGACGCCGCGAUCGAGGGCGCGAAGAAGGAGGCGGCGGACGCCAUGAAGGAGCAGAAGGAGAGCGUCGACGCCGCCAUCGAGGGCGCGAAGAAGGAGGCGGCGGACGCCAUGAAGGAGCAGAAGGAGAGCGUCGACGCCGCCAUCGAGGGCGCGAAGAAGGAGGCGGCGGACGCCAUGAAGGAGCAGAAGAUGGAGCUUGAAGCUGCGGUCGCCGACGCGAAGAAGGAGGCAUCGGAGAAUACGAAGGCGCUGAGGGAGGAGCUCGACGCCGCGGUCGCCAGCGCGAAGAAGGAGGCGUCCGACGCAACCAAUAAGCUCGGGGAGGCGCUGCGUGCGGAGGCGAAGGAGGCGCUCGAGCAGGCCGUGCGCGAGGCCGCCAAGGCCGGCGACCCGGCGGCAGAGGGUGCGCUGCGUGCGGACCUCGACGCGCUCAAGGGCAGGCUGGACCUGGAGCUCGGGGCGGCGGCCUCGUCGGAGGAGGUGCGCGCAGCGGUCGCCUCGCUGAGGACGGAGCUGGAGGGGAAGAUCCAGCAGGCGGGCGUUGACGCGGAGGCUGGGAACGGCGCGCUGAAGGACGCGGUGAUGCGCGAGGUGGAGGACCGGGCGAAGGGGGCGGCGGACGCGAUCGGCGCGCUCGAGACGAAGCUCCGCGAGUUGGCGGAACAGGCGGCGGCGGCGCCGUCCCGCGAGGAGGUGUCGGCGUUGGUGGCGCGGGAGGUGAGCAGCGCGCUGCAGGGCGAGGGCGAGAAGCUCGCGCGUGUGGCGGCCGAGGCGCAGGCGGCCGCGGAGGGCGUCGAGACGCGUCUGCGUGACGCGAUGCGCGGGGAGGUGCGGACGGCGGUGGCGGAGGCGCACCGCGCGACCGAGGAGUGGACGAAGGAGGUCGGGAGGGAGCUCAAGGAGGCCAAGGACAUCGCGGGCGGGGCGCUGCAGCAGGUGCUGGGGGCGCGCGAUGCUGCGGACCGGGCUGCAGCGCAGGUGUCGCAAAUCGGCGGGGCGCUGCGGGCGGCCGAGGCGCGCCUGGACGGGCGUCUGCAGGAGCUGGAGCGCGGCGCGUCCGCGGCUGCGGGGGCGGAGGAGGUCGCGGAGCUGCGCGGGCUGGUGGAGGGACUGCAGGGGGAGCUGAGUCAGGUGUCGGGGACCGUGGCCGACAUGCGCGAGGGCGUGGAGGGGGCGAUGCAAGUGGCGGAGGGGUCGGCGGGCGUGGCGGACGACGUCGCGGCGUUGCGGCGGGACCUGGACGCGCUCCGCGGCACGCUGGAGGGCAGUCCUCACGCCGUCACGCGGGACGACUUCGCCAGGCUGGAGGUGAGCGUGCGCGCGCUGCGGGAACGCGCCGAUGCGUCGGCCAGGGCGGAGGACGUCGACAGGGCGAGGACGGAGGCCGAGCGGGCCACGAGGAACGUCGCAAGCUUGGCGACGAAGUUUGGGGAGCUCAAGAAGCGCCUGAAGGCCGUCGAGGCGCCCGCGAUGCAAGCCAAGCACUUCGUGGACCAGGUCCCGGAGGCGGACCGCGGCACGAUCAUCGGGGACGCGAUGAACACCAUGCGUCUGGUGCGGCGGCUCAAGGACCAGCAGGACACGCUGACGGGGCGCGUGGACGACCUGACGCAGCAGAUGUCGGCGGUGUCCAACCCGAUGUACGACGACGCCCGGUCCAACUACUUCCGCACUCCAGGCCAAGCGCCGCAAGGCGGGGCGACGCGGACCGUGUCGGACAUGGCCACGCCCGUCCUGCCCCAGACGCCGGGGUUUCCUACGACGUACCGGGAGGACGUUGCGGGCCCGUCGGGGGUCGGCGACAGCACGCCCACGAUGCAGGCGGGCCCCCCGGGCCACACGCCGUACGCGCACGUGCAGCCGGCCGCGUCUGAGAUGUCGGCGUCGCCGGCGACGGAGGCCACGCGCGAAACCGUCGGGAGGCACGUGCAGGCGCCGAGCGAGUCCAUCGGGUCGCGGCCGGCGCAGUACGACUCGCACACGUACGGCGAUCCCCCGACGCCGACCAGCCGGCACGUCGGCGAGCCCCCAGAGUGA